AUGGGGCUACUAUCAGUGGAGCAGAAGUACAACAUCUGUCUCAUGGCGGAAAGACAUCCAAAAUGGACACAACUGGAGCUUGCAAGAUGGGCAUAUGAAGUAUACCAGCUACCUAAAUGUCCUUCUCAGGGCACGAUUUCCAGGCUGCUCGCCAAAAAGAAUGUAUUUAUGAACGCUAAGGAACAUGAAAAAGAUGCAAACCGACUACGGAAGCCUAACAACCUUUUAGUACGGCGUAUUCUACAAGAAUGGGUCUCUCAAAGCAUAUGGAAUGGAAUUCCUAUCUCACCACCAAUCAUACAGGAUACAGCACAGUCUGUUUGGCAUCGUAUUCCCGCUGAGCAUAGAGAGGGAAACGGAUCUUUCAGUUACAAAUGGAUAACCCAUUUCUUAGCCAAAAUGGAUGUUAACAUCUCAAACUUGGACGACGAGCUACCCAAACCACCAAAAGUGUGGACUUUUGAGGAGAGAGACUAUUUAAAGCAGUACUUGGGUAAGCUCCCCCAUCAGGAUCUUUUUACCUUGGAUGAAACGUUUUUGGCGUAUAACUUACCCAUUGACUAUGCCCAGUAUGAAACGAGUAGGAUACAGAAAAGAAUUGAAGUUGUUACCGUGAUGCUUUGCGCUAACCUUGAAGGCAACGAAAAACUCGAUCCCCUGGUGAUUGGAAAGUAUGAGAACUAUAAUAGCUUUCGAAACUAUUUCCCUCAUGAACCUGCAGAUUCAAUAUCUCAAUCUAUGCUAGGCGAGAAAAUGGCUCGUAAGUUUUCAUUGACUUAUCAUAGUAAUCGAAAGUCAUGGCUCACAAGCAAUCUUUUCCACGAUUGGCUAGUUUGGUGGGACAAAAGACUAGUCGUAGACAAUAGGAAAAUUUGGAUUAUUUUAGAUGACUCUUGCUCACACCGCAUAAUCAAUUUAAGACUUAAGAAUAUCAACCUGAUUUACACAUCAUCUAAUAGCCGGUUCUUGCCAUUCAAUUGGGGUGUCUUGGAUGAAUUCAAGACAAGGUAUAGAAUCCAACAGUAUGAAGCUUUGAUUGAUGUCCAAGAACGAAUUGAGAAGAAGACUGGUCAAAAAAAAAUUCUAACUUUCGACCAAAGCGCUUUGAAGAUGUCAAAUGCUUUCAAGUUUAUCAAGCAUGCCUGGGACGGUAUCCCUAUAGAUACAAUAAAGGCCAACUGGAAAAGCUCUGGUAUUUUACCUCAAAAUAUGAUUCAACUUAAUGAAAAUGUUAGCAUGGCGUUCAAAAAAAACGAGGCCUUGGAAAGGAAACUUAAUGACCUAAGCGAGCGAUUUCAUUGCGUAAAGCAAUGGGACUACGAUAUAUUGUUGGAUUUAAACAUUGAGAAUAAAAACACUAAUUUUCUCAGCUCGGAGGAGAUUGUCGAAAGUGCAAUUGUAGAUGAUUGGGAACCACAAACGAAACAACCAAGUUACGACAGAGAAGAGUAUGGGGCUGGUACCUUCAAUCUAGAUGCAUUUACUCAAAAUGAAGACGAGGAGGAUGCCUUCGGCCAAGUUAUUUCGGUAACAGAGAAUGGAACCAGCGACAUUGCCAAGUGUCCUCUUGUUAGUGACAUAAUUGACAAGCCAGGUGACUUUUUGGGUGAGAGUGCUUUACGAAAUGAAGAAGAAGAUGACGAUAUGGACGACGUAUCUAUGUCUGAUGCGAGAUCCAAUUCAAAUCAGAUAUACCCUAGUGUUCCUGCAGGCCCUCCAGGAUAUUUUGAUGAUGUCUUUGAUUCUUUGCCCCAGGAGCCGGCUUCUGCAAGUAGUGCGAGCGCAUUAAAUGACCACAUCCCACCGCAACUCAAUGAGAGCGGUCCACAGACUACCGCUAAUUUACCUGAGGCGGAUUUACUCGAGCUAAAUGCAACUUCGCUGCAUUUGGAUAAUGAUUUCGAUUUGGCAACUGUCAGUGACUACUUAGGCCAAACAUCCAAUAACCAAGAAGAAACCGCCUUGAACAAUCAACGCCUAGUAAUGCUUACCACUUUACAAACAAACAUUGACAUUGCAAAAUCUAUGGGGAACAUUUUAAAACACGCCGAAUUUCGUGAAGUGGGCCUUUCAGAUAGGGCGUUGAAUGAACUAAAAUUCAGUUACAAUAACUGCCUGAAAAAGAUAAGAAAAGCUAAACAAGUUUUAAGUGCUUCUAGUAAGAGGAUUAAACAACAAAGACUAGAGCAUCAAUUAAUCCACCCACAACCUAUCCCUACUCAUGAGACACAUCAUGGGGGUAAGAUCACCCGUCCUUCUGAUGUCUCCACUACUUUGGGAAUAGAAAACAAUGCAUUCUUUAACAGCUUUCCCCCGAACUCUGGAAUAGAAAACACAGACAUUCCAUCUCGUGUAUCUCCAUGA